GUUGAAAUAUUUUUUUUCUCUUGUUAAAUUUCACUGAAAAAAAGAGAAAGAGUAUUAUUAAAAUAAAAAGUUAAAUUCACAUCAUGACUUCAUACGAAACACGCUCAUCACAAAAUACAAGGAAUAAAAGUAGUUCUUCUGAACAGAAUGAUCUCAAGAAACUCAAGUCUAAAUAUUCCGCAAAGCUGCCUACACUUAAAGUCCUAUUUUCUGAUUGGUCAGACGACGACCUCUUAUUUGUGCUGGAAGAAGCAAAUGGUGAUUUGGACUUGGCUAUAGACAGAAUUAGUGAAGGACACGCUAAUCAAUGGGGCGAAGUAAAGACGAAAAAAUCAAAAAAAGAAGCACAGAAAGCAAAGGCUGCAACUACUGUCUCUAUUUCUCCACAUCAACAAUCUUCGACCAUGACUUCAUACUCACCUAAACCGAGUACACCAUCAAGAUCAUCUAAUAACGACAGACCUAAUCGAGCCGGAAAAGCAUCAGUACCUCCUAACCGUGCACGAAAGAUAAACACAUCCUCAAACGCUUCAUCAUCAUGGGACAAGCACCAUGAUUCUUCUGCACCUGCUGCUGGCUCAUGGGCAUCUAUUGCAUCUUCAAAACAACAGAAUGAAAAUGUGGAUGAUUCAUGGAAUACGACAAAUGCUGUUGAUAAUUGGGUCCCCACUUCCACACAAGACAAUAGUGCAAAUAAUAAUGACACCUCAAACGAGGAUCAACCAAAGACUUGGGCAAGCCUUCUGAAGUCAAAACCUAAACCAGAGCCAGAAACUCCUCAUGUAGAUACAGAACAAGAUACACAAACAACAACAAUAACAGAUGGCUGGAACACAACAAGUACUAAUGCAAAUGACAGUUGGAAUACUACAGGCGCUGCAGCGAAUGAUGGCUGGAAUGCGACUAGCAACACUACAAAUGAUGCCUGGAAUACAGCGACAACGACCACAGAACAUCCCGUUGUUGAUGAAUGGUCUACCCCUGUUGAUACGAACGAAAGCACAAUUAAAGAUACUUCCGAAGAACUAGAAUCAAGUCACAAGGAACCAGAAGUAAACAAGGAAGAAGACAGUUCCACACUAAACCGUCUCCACAAUCAAGAAGAGCCCGUCGUUUUACCUAAGUCAUCCGAUAUUGCUUCGCUGGACGUCAAGUUUGGCUCACUCAAUGUAGACGACGAUCAGCCCGAGAUACUUAAAAAGGAAACCAAUAGUACAGCCGCAACUGCAAAUGAACCCGCAGCUGAAUCUAAACCUACUACGACUUCAGCUGUUGCUUCAAACACAAUUCCUUCCACUACUACCGGCGCUGCUGCAAAUACCGCCACAGCUCAUGAUGCAAACUUUUCACAAUCCUCUUAUCUUAAGCAACAAGAAACUACUAUCACAACCAGUGCUGCCUCGGCUCCUAUGAACACGACUGCUUCUUCUGCUGCUGCCACAGCUCCUGUUUACCAGCAACAGCAACAACAACAACAACAACAACAGCAGCAGCAGCAGCAGCAGCAGCAACAACAAGUUCCUCAACAGCAACAAUUACCUCAGCAGCUUCCUCACCAAGCUGUACCUCAGCAGCAGCAACAACAACAACCUUUCGGAAUGGAUCAUCUCACUUCCGCUUACAGCUCAUACUUACCCAGUCAACCACCUACAGGUGUUUCUGGAUUUGGCAUGAACCCUAUGGGCAAUUUGCCUGACUAUGGUAUCUAUGGUACUGAAGCUCAAAGAGCUGCUGCUGCUAUGGGCUAUUAUGACCCAACUGCAUUCAGUCAUCAUUCUCCUUCAGUGACAUCUGCUAGCCCUUACCAAGCUCGUGAUAAAUACAGUCAAGAUACCACUGGUCAAGCUGGUGCCCAAAGUCAAACUUUGCCUCAGCAAAUGUACCCCACCAACUUGCCUUAUUAUCAAUAUUACUACAUGCACAACCAAUACAAUGCCUACCAGCAAUCCGCUUAUGGUCAACCUUUCAUGAACAAGAGCAUGUACCCCAACAUGUAUCAACACACUACUGCCGCUGGCAAACCUACGACUGCUGCUGCUGCUGCGACUGUUCAGUCUCCUUACAACAGUCCUUACGGUCAACAGUCUCAGUUGUAUAAUCAAGCUAUGAGUGGUUAUGAUGACUUGGGCUUGAACGAUUACCAAAAGAGCAUGUAUGUCCAACCUCAAUUACAAGGGUUCUUGGGCCAUUUGAAUCAUCACCAACAGCAGCAACCUAGUACUCAGGGAGCACAGCCAACACAGCCUACUCAAAAGGCUGACAUGACUUCCACUGCACGUACCGCUGCUUCUAAUGCUGCUUCCCAGCAACAGCAAACACCUGCUUCUCAGCAACAACAAACUCAGUUGCCUCAGCAACAGCAGCAACAACAGUUGCACCAGCAACAUCCUUAUGCUGGUACAAAUAACUUUUUUGGACAGCCUCAAAUGUUCUCUUACCAGCAGUAUCCUCAAUAUCAGCAGCACAUGACCCAAGGUCAUCCUCAACAGCAAACUCAGUCUACUGUGACUAACCGUCAACAGCAGCAAUACUGGAGCCAAUAAAGAAUAUUUUAGUAAAUAAUAAAAAGUUUGUGUAUAAAGUCGUUUGUUCUCCCCCCC